AUGAUAAUGUCUUCAAAUAUGUCAGCUAGAGCUACCUUAGUAACAAACGAAAGGGUUAUUAAUGCAGCUUCUUCAUUCAACGAAGAUGAUGCCAACUAUAGUGUUCUUGAUUUAUACGAUGACGACGAUGGAGAUGACAAUAGUUCUUUACCAGAACAGAAAGAAAUACUGACAACGCGUGAGCUGGAAAAGGCAAAGGCGUUUACUAGCUUGAUCAUGGCAGAUCCUGCGAAUUUUGAUAGAUAUGGAUUUAGCAAAAAAGGCUAUUUCGUCAGUCAGGAAGAAUAUGACAAAUGGUGGGGUGAAUACAGUAGGUACAGUGAGAGAAGAAAAAAAAAAUGGGAGAACCUUUUGUUUAAGAAUAGAAUUGAGGUCCAUAAUGACAAUCCUCUGGCAUACCCCGCAAGGAACGAAGAAUUGACUAAAUUUGUAAGAAAAGGUAUACCGGCGGAAUGGAGAGGAAAUGCAUGGUGGCAUUUUGCUGGUGGGCAACAACAAUUAGACGCUAAUAUUGGAGUUUACGAUAGAUUAAAAAGUGACUGCCGCAAAGGUGCUGUAUCUGGCAAAGAUAUGGAAGCCAUAGAAAGAGAUCUUUAUCGAACUUUCCCUGAUAAUAUACAUUUUCAUAAAGAAUCUUUUCAAAGUGGAGAACCUGCAAUGAUCCAGUCAUUACGUCGAGUGUUGAUGGCUUUCUCUGUUUAUGAUAGGGCUAUUGGAUACUGCCAAUCGAUGAAUUUUCUAGUCGGUUUGCUGUUGUUGUUUAUGGAGGAAGAGAAAACAUUCUGGAUGUUGGUUAUAAUUACUGGCAAGUAUUUACCUGGCGUGUAUAAAUCUGAUUUAGAGGGUGCAAACAUAGACCAGGGCGUGUUGGUGUUAUGCAUUAAGGAAUAUUUACCUGAGAUAUGGUCACACAUUGAGUCAUCGUAUAUGAACGGCAAUGGUAGUACUAACCAAGUUUCGGGGCCAAGAUCGGGGGAGCAGUACCUUUCCAGGUUGCCUACGUUGACCUUAUGUACAGCAAGUUGGUUUAUGAGCUGUUUCGUGGGUGUGGUGCCCAUUGAAACGACACUGAGAAUAUGGGACUGUUUAUUUUAUGAAGAGUCUCAUUUCUUGUUUAAGGUAGCGUUGGGGAUACUAAAAUUGAGCGAAAGCGAGUUUUUGGAGAGCAAAAGCCAAAAACUGUUUAGGCAGUACUCUUCUUAUACGUUUGGCGGUAAUAGCGACCCUGUCUCAACUUUCAAAAAACUGAAGAACAAGAUUAAGACGCAGGAGGAGGCAGAUAUGGAGAUUUUGCAAGUGAUUCAAAACUUUCCAAAACGAUUGCUGAAUCCCAAUGAUAUCUUCGAAAAAGUGCUGAUGAAGAAGAAAGUUGCGUUAAACAGUAUUACCCAAGAAAAGAUUGAUCAAGGGAGGGAAUAUGUGGCGAUGACGAGGAGCAGACAACGUGCAACUAGCCGCCCAAAGUAG